GAGGGGAGAGAGACAGGGAGGGGAAGCCGCCGCCGAGGAGGGCGGAGCGGCCGCCGCGGUCCGGACGCGCCCCGGUUACCGUGACAACGGCGUCGGCCGAGCCGAAGCGGCCCGGACCCGGCAGGCCCCGCUGCCCGGCCGCCCAUGCCGCGGAAAGCGCUGCGCUGCGUCCUGCAGCUGGAGCUCCGCUCGAUAACUUGUCCUGGAGUGCAGCUGAAAGACAAACAGGAACUUUAUCUCAGUGUCUUUGUAUUUGGGCAGUACCACAAAACUGAAUGUGUCCCUGCAGCGUUCCCACUCUUCUUUCAAGAAAGACUACUAUUUGAAAAGGAAUUUGCUAAUAUAGUUGAUCCUGGAGACCUUGUGAAGUUACUGGAGUUUGACACAGCAGUACUUGAACUAAUACAGCUUGUUCCUCCAGUGGGAAAAGUUCUAGCUACAUAUGAAGAAAAUACAAGAGAUUUCCUGUUCCCUGACCCUAAGCUUACCCAUGGGCACCGUGGUUUGCAGCGUGAGGUUUUAAUGAAGAGGUCCCCGUCUUUCACAGGAAUUGCACCAAAAUUGAGAUUUUCUACAACCUCCCUUAUUUCAGACAGUCUGUUAAUCCUAGGAAGGAGUCACAUACAGACUGAUAGAAACUGGAUGCAUCAUUCGACCCUAAAUGGAAAAAUGCCCUCAAAGCUAGCAAAGAAAAGCCCUGCUUCAGCUGAGAAGGGCGGGCAGAGCUCGGCAGUGAGGAGCUACGAGCAGCCCACCAUCGCCUCCAAGUCGCGCUCGCCGUCCCCGUACACCAAGCGCCGCAUGUGCGAGCUAUCGGAGGAGUCCAGGCAGAGGCUGGCCCACCUGAACCUGGGCCCUCACGAGUUCAGGAGAGACACUGACAAACCUCCCUUUGUCAUCAGACGGGUUGGACAGCAAAGUCCUGGUGCUAAACUUCAUUCUUGGUGUUCCCUGCGAGAAAGCACAGCAGAAGCCUGGCCCAAGGCACCCCAUGAUCAUUCUCCUCACAACAGCUACAGGCCCAAGAAAACUGAAGCAAAAUCUACCAGUGGAAAAGGCUUGGAUAGUUUUGCUGUUUGCAAGGAGGAUGUAAGCCCAGAUCCACCCCAGAUCCACAGAGAGUCCCAUUCUGCAGCUUCUUUGGAGCAUUCAGCAACUCCAGCAGUUCAGGAGUCUCCGAGUUGUGUGCUGAGUCGAUCUUCUCUGAAGGAAAGUCCCUGGGUUAAUAUUUUGGGCCAACUUCCCAGCUUCAGUGUCUUAUGAGGGUGGGAUAGAAGAAAUGUCAAGAAUACAACAGAUGAUUUCAUGCUUAAGCCCUCCAGUCCGUCAAGGAGAGGAUUCCCUGCUUCCUGAGUAGAACGUGUUCUUGGUGCUCCUCUUGUACAUUCAAGUAGCAAGUUACUGGUUGGCUUUCUGGAACAGAAAAACUGUAUGCAAAGCUAGGCCUGAGUAGGAUAAUAGAUAAAAUAAUUAGGAGAAACUAAGGAUCAAACUGAUGACCCAUCCUAAAUGUUGAAAAUGUGCUUUGGUGACCAGUUCACACUCUGUUACCAUUGGUACCAACUUAGUCAAUGCUUGCAGGUUGCAUUUUACAGCCUACACGCAGCCUAAUGCUUGUUUCCAAAAUAGAAAAACUGUCUCAGUUUUUUUCUUUAAAAAGAAAAAUGACAGAUGGCAGGUGGGGACUGAAUUUUUAAUACUCACAAAGAUCAAGUUGGUGUUUUAACAUCUUCCUCUGCUUGAAAACUUGUUUGUUAGUUGUCCUGUGUAAUAGUGCAUCUUGGAAAGUGUUACACAGAGAUUAGGAUGUAUCUGGGGUCUGAAGGAGGUUUCUUUGUCAUCUUGUCUGCCUCCCCGCUCUUCUCUGACAGUGUUUGUGCAUUAGUUUUACCCAUGUCUGGGGAAGAGAUAUUGUCAUGGUAACUUUUUUAUCCUUUCUUCAGCUGGACUCUUUCUGGGGGGUUGGGGCUAAAUUAGAUACACAUUUUAUUUAGAGCUGAUGGGGUGCCUUCUAUUGAUAGCAGGAAAGUCUUGUAUGUUGUGAGCUGCUGUUACAUGCAUAGUAAUUUAGUCAUCUGCCAUUUAAUCUUGAACUUGUCUGAAUGUUCUUGCUUUUUUUCUUUAUGAGCCUUUCUCCAGAAGAGAUUUCUGAUCUUGUGAAAUUAUGUUUUUUCUUCUUAUUAAAGGAAAUGUUCUCAGCUCUUCAGAGCUGUAACAUCUCUUUAUGUAAAAUAUGUAACCAUUUACUUCUGUCAUCAGAAAAAAAAAUUCAAAAUGAGAAAUAAAGGGCAUAGUCUAAAAAAAAAUUGAUCUCUGUUUCAUGCUUCUGAGAUAACAAUGGUUUUAGCUGAUUGUGUACUGAGAGUUAUACUUGGAAUGACAAACAUGGUUUAGAGGUCAGUGUUUGGAAAUGCAUGCAAAUGCUGCUGUUCAGAUCACAGAAAUACAGAGGAAAUCAGUGCACUGAAAGUAAAGCAGUGUUAGUGUAAUUGCAAGACUAUGGAGUCUUAUCUCACGGUAUUUGGUGUUUAUUUCCUCAAUUUUAUUUUGAAUUACAAAGACAAAUUGCUUAGCAUAUCCAGGCUACUGUUUUUAAUGCUAGUCAAUCCACAGUCAAUAUGAAACUUGACUCCCCACCUCGACCUUUAGUUCCCUCUUUUUCCCUUCUUUUUUAAAGAGUAGUGUGAAGUGGCUGGCUGCCUUCUUGGGAGUCUGUCCCAGAGCCCUGCUGUGUGGUUGUCAAACCACUGCAAUGCUUUUCAGUGAGACAGAAAUUGGGGUCUUGUGCAAGGUCCUCUGAGCCCUUUUGUAUCCUCCCUAGCAGUUUCCAGUCCUUUUCUUUGAGCCUGCUAGAGACACCACAAAUCAAUCCUCUUCCCCUUUCCUCUGAGAUUUCAGUCAGAAGCAGAACUGUAAAUAGAUUUACUAUUGAACAAGACAGCCAAGUUUUGAAUAUUGAUUUUUCAUACUUUCUUUUUUACAUUUUUCAUUAUGUACAUCUAAGGAAAGCAUUUGCUGACGUUGGAAGCUGGCACUCAGCAGUGAUGUGGCCGUACAACCCUCCAGAGGUCCCUUCCAGCCCUCACUAUUCCCUGAUUCUGUGGGGUUUGAUUGCAGCCCCUGUGCAGACCAGUGGCACUCACAGACCCUCGCGUUCCUGCCCACAGUGUGUGCCCCACAGUGUGCCAAGGCAGUUGUUUGGUUGGUUGUGCAGAGAGGAGCAUCCUGGGCAUCGUGGGUACUUUGGGAAAGAGCAUUCACACUCUGUCCUUUCAGUGCUGCUUCAGGAAAGCAGAAUUGGAGUCCAGUCCUUGCUUUCAUGGUGCACAGACAUCCUCACACACUCCUAGAAGAUGGGGUUUUUCCUGGGGACUUACAAGCUAAGCCUUCCUUGCAGCACUGAAACCUGCAGCAAAGUACCUGUCAGAGAGAAAAGGAGAAAUAGUGAGAUGGAUUCCAUAAGGUCAAAAAGUCCUUUGAACAGAGCUGUGUGCUGGCACAAGAAAAAUCCUUUCCUCAAGAGACUACAACAAUCAUGGGAGUAUUUGACUAUUUCUGUUAUGUGAGAGGCAUAGCUACUUCUCGUGCAUUUGGGAUCAAAGGAGUCUUUUUCCUGCUCUGGAAAUAGCAUGCUUCUACUUUUGUUUCCAGAUUGAAGUGCAGUUCGAUAGCUUUUUCAUGUUCUCCUGGUUAUGCUGCUGAAAUGUGAUCUUACCUGCUAUAAAAUUUAACAAAAACCUAAGUUCUCUUUGAAGUGAGACAGAGGUUAAGUGUCUGGAUAAGAUGCCCUUCUGUAAUAUUCCUGUAUUGUUUUACUACCAUCUUUUUAUAUUCUCAUUUUUCUAGUACUAGGGAAAUAACAGCAUGAAGUUAGAAACUGGUAAUGAUAGAUAUAAUGACAGAUACUAAUAGAUAUUAAUGAAAUACUAGAUCCUAUGUGAAGUCCUUGAAAACACCAGUUACCAGAAUUUUUGGCUUCAGUGAUCUUGAAAACAAUCGUCCCAGGUUCUUGAGGGUUAUUUUAUUGCACAGCAAAAACCAGAAACAGGUGGUUCACCUGGUAUUUUAGAGACUGGCCUGCAUCUUGAGACAGGCUUUGUUUCUGUGAGAGGGUAUGUUUUAAGUUUUGAGAACUCCUGCUAAAAAGAACACGGAAAAAUAUUGCAGACUUCUUAGGAAAAAGCUAGCUCUCAGGAGAGGCUGCACCUUGGUUUCCUGUCUGUUUCUAGCCAUUUAAAAGUCAUUAUUUCUGAUUUUUGGAAUUUUCUUUGGUAGGAAGGUUUUGGGUUUACCAGUCUCACCUCUUGGGAAAGUUUAUUUCUUUUGCAUCCUUUAAAUAUUAACUUCUGGAAUCAGCACUUGAAAAUCAGUUAUUUCAUACUACAUUCUAUGAAAGUGAGCAAUACCUCAGCCUUGUUUCAUAUUUUUGACCAACAUCUGUACUAUUUUUCAUCUUCAUUGGUUGAUUUUGCUGCAGCAGUAAGUAAAUCUGAAAUUGAUUGCUGUCAGAGCCAUUUUGUUUAUAAAUUAAUAAAUUCAGAGAAGAUAGAAGUUAAUGGAAAAUCUUGCAAAGAGCAUAAGGAGGUGCAGCCAAUUUGUGACAAACUAAUGAUUUAGUACCACAAUGACUUCAACCUUUUGGGAGCAACUGCUCAGCUGGAGUAUUGACUUUCAUUGAAAUUUCGGAAGCUGUCUGCCAUUAAGUUUCACUUUUUACAUGAUGUAUAUUGCCACAGUUUUAAGGGCUGGUUAUGAAAAGGAGGGGGGAAAAAAGCAUUUGCUAAUUUAAGAACUCAACACUGAAUGUGUCUCAAAUGCUUCAAGGUCCAUCUAUAAACAGGGCUUUUGAAAGUAAGAGGAGCUACAUAGAAAGCAUGAGAAAUUUUACCUUUUUUUUCAUGUCCUGUUGAAGAGAGAGAGCAAAUUGGUACACAGCUAAGCUGUCAUCUUCUGCUUCCAAAUAUUUAGGCAUCUGUGCUCUUGAUUUAAGGCCCUGCCUAUGUGUGGUUGUUCUUGCUUUGUAGUAAUAUCCUGCCACUGUGAAAGCAGCCACCCUCCUCCACUUCAACAUUGCGAGAAUGGAGGGAGUUUGUGUUGGUGUAACUUCAUUACAAUUCAGGCUUCUAUGUACAAACAAAGCCUCUGAAACACUUCAGAGCUGCAUCAUAGCCAUGGUUCACUUCUAAAAAAGCAAACCAAAAUUGUGUCCUUGACUAAAUAGACCAGGAAAACCCUGAAGUGUAGUCCAGCUUUCCUAUUGUGCCUCCUUGUAGAACAGUAUGCACUGCAGACCAGGUCCAGCCUCCUGAAUUACCACUUCAUGUCUCUAAAAUGAGAGUAAAGCAAUGUCCUUCCCUACUAUGAAUGCUGAGUAAAUACCUGCAUAGAUAUAAAAUACGUGAGGUGGGUUAUUUCUUUCAGAGUUAAGUGGUUUUGGUUUUGUUGAGGCUCUCUCCUGUUCCAUGUGUAAGUUCUUGCAGAUUGUGGGUUUUUUCAGGUUAUACCCAGCUUUGAGUGUUCUUACUCCCUCUUCCCCCCAGUUACAGUAGCGUUCUCUGCAGUUGUGAAUCUGGUACUACAGGACUUCAUUGAUUUCUGUGCCCUGAUGGUUUGUCCUUGUAUGUGGCUUUGCUCAGCACGAGGACUGUGUCUUUGAAGCUGAUGAAUUCUCGUGGAGGCCACAUGCACAGAAUUGUUCCCAAGGCAGGGGAGUGCUGUGCUGGGGGAAGAGGUCACGAGAGCCACUGCAAAUACUCUGCACAAGGUUCUGGCAUUAAUUCUGCUGAUGUGAAAUGUAUUAAUAUCUCCUGCUGAAAUGUGAUAUUAAUGUUUUUGCUGUGUGCAAGUGGAUGAUUAGAUUGUCUGACAUUUAAAAAUUCCUA